AUGUCAGAAACUCCAGCAUCAAUAUCAAUUAUUGGAGGUGGCCUACCAAGAACUGGAACGACCAGUAUGAAAAAGGCAUUGGAAAUAAUUUACACUCAACCUUGUUAUCAUGGUUAUGAACUUUUGGCUAGAAAACAAUGUGAUAUUCCUAAAUGGCAAAUGCUUGCCGAUGAAGUACGAACGACACAUUGUGAGGAGAAGAUGCAUAAAUGUUUGAGCGAGAUGUUGGUUGGUUAUGGAUCUGUGAUUAAUACCCAUGUAUGUUGGUUAUACAAGGAAUUGAUGACUUUAUAUCCUAAUGCAAAGGUUAUAAUAACAGUUCGCGAUAAAAACGAUUGGUUGACUAGUUUCCGUGAAGUGGUCAUCCCUAAAUCAAAUGAUCCACGUAGUAAACAAAUGUAUGAAGCAAAAAGACGUGCAGGAAUCCCUGUUGAAUUGGACAAACUUAUUAUUGAUUCAACAAAAUUAGCACUUCAGAAUUAUGAUAUUGAUCUUGACGAUGAUGCAAUGUUACUUGAAUAUUACGAAAAACAUAUCAAAACAUUUCAGGAAAAUAUACCAUCUGAACGUCUUCUAAUAUAUCAUCUUGGAGAUGGUUGGGAACCAUUGUGUAAAUUCUUGAAUGUCAAUGUACCAGUUAACAUACCAUAUCCCGAAGUUAAUUAUCAAUCUGACAUACAAAAAAUAAGGGAGCUGGUGAAGAAAUAUGGGUCAGUUAACGAAGUCGCUAGACUGCAUCCAGAAAUUCUAUAUCACUGA